GCGCUCGCUUGCCUUCCCUCGCCGCUAUGACUAUCUCUGCCGAAAACAACGUCAUCGAACUCACAAGUCGCCCGCAGUGCAAGAAUCCGUUGCAAUCAGGUAUACACGUAGCUGCCCGCUCAACAAGCUCGGAGCAUCGACCUGCCGGCAAGAUGGUGGCAAACAAGCCGCGACAGGUGUCGGACGAUAGCUUUGCAAGCCUGACCGGUCUUAUGAAGUCUAAGAAGGACUGGGCUAUCCAACCGAAACCUCUCAUUCCAGUUGUCAAUGGCCAAUUUAACCCGAUCUCCCCCAGCGAGAGCGCGGUCAGCGAACCGACUCCCGCCCGCAACCUCUCCGCUCAUCGCACCGCGAGCGCGGAUACCACUGCUCCUCGUCAAGUCCAUCAUCGGGCGUACGACGCGAAGCCUCACCUCGAAACUCCGAAUGGGCUAGAGCCGAUCGUGUCGAAGAACCAUGGGUACGACAAGGCUGCUAUGAGUAAGAUGGAGGAUCUUAUUGCGGAGAUGUCUAAGAUGGACACUGAGGCCACAUCUGAGCGGGAGACGAUCCCGAACCAUCCCGUGGGUACGCAGCUCGGACAACAGGUCCACUCUCCAUCGCAGACUUUGGUUGACAUCGAUACGGCAUCUUCUUCUUCCGCGCAAGGCCAUAUCAGCCUGCCACGGUCUGAGACACCUGCUUUUGGUUUCCGUACGACGGAAGAUGAGCUCAACGCACGCUCCAAGGACAGCGAAUCCGCCUUCCAUCCUUCGGUCAACCAACCCGUGGUUCGCUGCACUCCUCAGGUCUGGGACACUAUGAUCACACAGAUGGUAACUCUUAAAAAAGAGAAGAUGGAAGCUCAGGCGAAGCUUGCAGCUCUCAAGCGUGACUGGACUCAACGCCACCAGGUUAAGAGUGACAAUUCUUUCGAACUUGAUCAGCUUCGUUACCGUCUCCAGGUCAAUAAGGACCACAAAGCCAUGAUCCAUCGUGACAUGCACCAAAAGGAAGCCGAUUUACUUAUCAAGGAUCUCGAGAAUGAAUCUCUAAAAAAGCAAAUUACGAACUCGGAGGAUAUGCGUGAGCGGUGCGAGAAGCUCCAAGCCGAGGCGGACUACCUUCGCACUGAAGUCGGCAAGACUGAAGCGGAUAACGGUCAACUGAAGCAGAUCGUUAUAUUCAAGGAGCACGAGGUCGGAGAGUUGAAGGAGUCGCUCGCCCGUAGCAAGACCAAGAUGACCGACCACCAACAGCGGGCGCACAAUCUGGUCGAUACUCAGAAAGCGAGGGAGAAGAAGCUGAAGCAACUUGAAAAGCAGCUCCGCGAUGCGCAGGGUACCGAGGAGAAGCUGCUUGAUGAGAUUGAGCUACUGAAGACGGAGAUUAAACCUCUCAAAAAGCAGGCUAAGGACCUCGACUCUCAGCUUCGCGAGAAAUCUUCGAGCUGUGAUCGUAUGCGCAGCGACCUUAGGCAUACCGAAAAGAGGCUCGAGGUCGCUUCUAAGGCUCUCCACAAGGUUGAGAAUCACCAGCAUCUCAAGGGUGCGGCUCACCUCAUCAUACCGAGUGACCGGACCAAGCUACCGAGGCUUGUGCUCCCUUGCAUUGAGUGCUUCGCCCGCAACGUCACUUGCGACGCGAACAGUCGCUGUCAGAACUGCAAUCUGAGCGGUGAGAGAUGCCAUCGUUGGAGGUGUUCUCAAAUGCACAUCUUGCGCGGUGGAUGCCAGGACAUUAUGUGCCCUCUUGAACACGAU